ACUUAAUAUCACAACCUCUCUCUCUCUCUCUCUCUCACUCACUCUGUCACUCUUCCUAUUUAAGGUUUCCGCAUCUACCUUAUCCUCUCAGGCUGAAUUCAAACUACUUAUUCACUGGUUCACAAUCCAUAAUCUCUCACUCAACUGUAUCGAAGAAUUGAAAAUGAGUUCUACGAGCGAAGCUUGGAUCGUGGCUGCAAGCGUUGGGGCAGUCGAAGCACUGAAGGAUCAAGGGUUCUGUAGAUGGAAUUACGCCAUUAGAUCUCUCCAUCAACACGCCAAGAACAAUUGCGGAUCUCUUUCUCAAGCCAAAAGAUUUCCCUCUUCCUCUUCUUCAAUUGCGAUGGCAAAGAAGGUAGUUUCAUCCGAUGAGAAGAUGAAGCAAUCGGAAGAAUCUCUCAGGAAAGUUAUGUACUUGAGCUGUUGGGGUCCCAAUUGACCUCCAAAUCUCUCUACUCCUCACGAUUUGUGCCAUUCCAGAUCUGUAUUACUCCUAUUUUCGCCCAAUCUGUAAAUACUGAUUGAAAAUAUUAAUUGAUUUUAGAGGACAAAGUAAGAAAGAUCCUAUAUCAUUCCUA